UGGGUCAUAGUAGUCACUAUAAUAAGUGUGCCUCGAGCCAAUGGGAGCUAUCAGGCUCCUAUAAAAGCGGGUGGGGAAGAAAUAGCAGCUGGUAGGAAGAGAUUGCGGAAGAUCCCAUGCGUGUCCUGAGCUGCAUCUCGGAGCCCUCCCGACCUGCCUGAAACCAGGCUCUGGGCUGAGCCCUUCUUCAAACACUGCUGAUCCCACUGGGGUCAGUGGCUGCGGUGGGAGGGACGGGGUCUGCCUGGAGCCAGCACUCGCUGCCACUCAGCACGGCCCAUGGGGACCAGCAUCGCCUAUUUAAGGCUAAAAAGGUGAACUUCAGCAGUGCUACCUUAAUUUAUUUUGGAUUAGGAUUCCCAUGGCAUGUGAACUAGAAGAUACUUUGAAGUAGAAGCUUUCUUUCUUUUGAAGUGACAGUCUCUUAUCAAAAUGGUUGGGAAACUCAAACAGAACUUGCUACUGGCAUGUCUGGUGAUCAGUUCGGUGACGGUGUUUUAUUUGGGCCAACACGCCAUGGAGUGUCACCAUCGAAUAGAAGAACGCAGCCAGCCUGUGAGGGUGGAGAGUGUGAGAAGCACAGUAAGAACUGCUUCCAAUGUGAAUGCAAACAAAACCUUUGCUUACAACAAAGACAUGCCUUUAAUAUUUAUUGGAGGAGUCCCUCGAAGUGGCACUACCUUAAUGCGUGCUAUGCUUGAUGCCCAUCCGGAUAUUCGAUGUGGAGAAGAGACAAGGGUGAUCCCAAGAAUUCUGGCAGUUAAGCAGAUGUGGGCUAGGUCAAGCAAAGAGAAGAUCCGACUGGAUGAAGCUGGAGUGACAGAUGAGGUUCUGGACUCAGCCAUGCAAGCGUUUUUGUUGGAAAUCAUUGUGAAACAUGGGGAGCCUGCUCCGUAUUUGUGUAACAAAGAUCCCUUUGCUUUAAAAUCCUUAACUUAUCUUGCCAGAAUUUUCCCCAAUGCCAAAUUUCUUCUGAUGGUACGGGAUGGUCGUGCAUCUGUGCAUUCCAUGAUAUCUAGAAAAGUCACAAUAGCUGGAUUUGACCUUAACAGCUACAGGGACUGCUUGACCAAAUGGAAUCGUGCUAUAGAAACUAUGUAUAACCAGUGUAUGGAGGUUGGUUUUGAAAGGUGUAUGCUCGUGCAUUAUGAACAACUCGUAUUGCAUCCUGAAAGAUGGAUGAGAACUCUCUUAAAGUUUCUUCGCAUCCCAUGGAACCAAGCUGUGCUGCACCAUGAAGAAAUGAUUGGAAAAGCAGGGGGUGUUUCUCUUUCAAAGGUUGAAAGAUCUACUGACCAAGUAAUCAAGCCAGUCAAUGUGGAAGCACUGUCAAAGUGGGUUGGGAAGAUACCUGCUGAUGUUCUGCAAGAUAUGCCUGUGAUUGCACCCAUGCUAGCAAAACUGGGCUAUGAUCCGUAUGCCAAUCCACCAAAUUAUGGAAAGCCAGAUCAAAAAGUUGUGGAAAACACAAGGAGGGUCUAUAAAGGUGAAUUUCAGCUCCCUGACUUUCUUAAAGAAGUGCCACAGCCAAAGAAGACAGUAGAAGGGAAGUCUCGUGGCAAGAUAAAAUGAACAUGGAUCAGUGAAGUCGAAUAGCUGUAGUACUGAACCUAUGGAAUAGAAGCUACCAUGGAUGUUCCUUGCACAGCAG